GAGAGAGGAUCUAGAAUGGACUCAUCCCAACAGCAUGUUUGUUGUACAAUGGACUCAUCCCAACAGUAUGUUCUAGAAUGGAAUCAUUCCGACAGUAUGUUUGUGUUUGUUACCUACAGUAUGGUUUACUUUAAGUGACCUGUCUAGCACUGUCUGUUUAGGUCUCGUUGGAGGGGAUGAUUUCAGUACCUUCCCUCUACUUACAGCUGUCCCUGAACCCUAACACUACCAUAUGUUCUGCUCCUAUAGGCUUUGACAAAAGAAUCGCAGUGUGCUAUAGAUUACUAUAGAUUCCUCAGUUAUCUAGCUAAAGCCAGCAAACAGAUGGAUACACCAGUUAUACAUUUAUCUGAUCCAGCACAUCCAGUCUAACAUGGCAGAAUAGUGUUACAUCUCUCCAUCAUCAAGAACCUGACACUAGAGGGAUUUACUGUUCCAUUCUCAGAAGAGAAUGUCUUUAUCGCUAAACACUCCCUGUUAUUUGAGGUACAGUUGAAGUCGGAAGUUUACAUACACCUUAGCCAAAUACAUUUAAACUCAGUUUUUCACAAUUCCUGACAUUUAAUCCUAGUAAAAAUUCCCUUUCUUAGGUCAGUUAGGAUCACCACUUUAUUUUAAGAAUGUUAAAUGUCAGAAUAAUAGUAGAGUGAUUUAUUUCAGCUCUUAUUUCUUUCAUCACAUUCCCAGGCGGGUCAGAAGUUUACAUACACUCAAUUAGUAUUUGGUAGCAUUGCCUUUAAAUUGUUUAACUUGGGUCAAAUAUUUUGGGUAGCCUUCCACAAGCUUCCCAUAAUAAGUUGGGUGAAUUUUGGCCCCUUCCUCCUGACAGAGCUGGUGUAACUGAGUCAGGUUUGUAGCACCCCCACAACAUGAUGCUGCCACCCCCGUGCUUCACGAUUGGGAUGGUGUUCUUCGGCUUGCAAGCGUCCCCCCUUUUCCUCCAACUAUAACGAUGGUCAUUAUGGCCAAAGAGUUCUAUUUUUGUUUCAUCAGACCAGAGGACAUUUCUCCAAAACAUACGAUCUUUGUCUCCAUGUGCAGUUGCAAACCGUAGUCUGGCUUUUUUUAUGGUGGUUUUGGUGCAGUGGCUUCUUCCUUGCUGAGCGGUCUUUCAGGUUAUGUUGAUAUAGGACUCGUUUUACUGUGGAUAUAGAUACUUUUGUACCUGUUUUCUCCAGCAUCUUCACAAGGUCCUUUGCUGCUGUUCUGGGAUUGAUUUGUACUUUUCGCACCAAAAUACGUUCAUCUCUCCUUCCUGAGUAGUAUGACGGCUGCGUGGGCCCAGGGUGUUUAUACUUGCGUACUAUUGUUUGUACAGAUGAACGUGGUACCUUCAGGCGUUUGGAAAUUGCUCCCAAGGAUGAACCAGACUUGUGGAGGCUACAAUCUUUUUUUUUAGGUUUUGGCUGAUUUCUUUUGAUUUUCCCAUGAUGUCAAGCAAAGAAGCACUGAGUUUGAAGGUAGGCCUUGAAAUACAUCCACAGGUACACCUCCAAUUGACUCAAAUGAUGUCAAAUUAGCGUAUCAGAAGCUUCUAAAGACAUGACAUCAUUUUCUGGAAUUUUCCAAGCUGUUUAAAGGCACAGUCAACUUAGUGUAUGUAAACUUCUGACCCACUGGAAUUGUGAUACAGUAAUUUAUAAGUGAAAUAAUCUGUCUGUAAAAAAUUGUUGGAAAAAUUACUUGUCAUGCACAAAGUAGAUAUCCUACCCGACUUGCCAAAACUAUAGUUUGCUAACAAGAAAUUUGUGGAGUUUUUAAAAAACGAGUUUUAAUGACUCCAACCCAAGUGUAUGUAAGCUUCCAACUUCAACUGUAGAUUAUUGCCCUGAGAUGAGGCUGUUAUGUCUCCUAUGGUCUAGCUGUUAGAUGCCAUAGGAGUCUACAGCCAUGUCCCAAGGCAAGGGUAGACUUAUGCUUGUGGUUACGUAGUACAUUGUGGUUUUGUGAGUAAAGUGAGACGAUUGUAACAUUAGGAACCGCCUUCUUGUGUUCAUGAUGAGAACCAUGUCUGAUGAGACAGAACCGAGGAUGUGUGAUAACCUGGAGGAAGAGGAGGGAGACGUUGAGGACUACCUGGAGGAAGAGGAGGGAGACGUUGAGGACUACCUGGAGGAAGAGGAGAACAACGGAGAACUGAUGGACCGACUCAGAGAGUUGGAGGCAGAAAACUCAGCUCUUUUGUUGGCCAAUGAGAAUCAAAGAGAAGCAUAUGAGAGAUGUCUGGAUGAGGUGGCCAACCAUGUGGUCCAUGCCCUCCUCAACCAAAAGGAUCUGCGAGAGGAGUGCAUCAAGCUGAAGAUGCAUGUGUUUGACCUGGAGAGACAGAACAGAGUGUUGUGUGAGCUCUUCCAGCAGAAGCUACCCAACCAGUCAAGCUCUCAGGACCAGGUGCAGCCAGGACCCCUCCCAGUAUACAAUACACAGCUGCUGCACAAUGUCUCUGACAAGCAGGUGGGGUCACAGUCACAGAGCGACGCACAAGCUAAGGGAAAUGGGUUUCACCGCACACUGCCACAGGCCCCAGCAACUCCCCCCAGAGGCCCAGCCGCAUCCAUGGAUGCCCUGUCCCCAUUCUUCAAGAAGAAAGCACACAUUCUGGAGGUCCUUCGAAAGAUGGAGGAGACAGACCCCCUCAAGUUCCACCCCUCUGCAGGCAGCAUCACCUUCUGUGACUACAGUCAGGUCCUGAUGUCCACAGAGGCUGUCCUGGCUGCUGGAGACCUGUGUAAGAAGCACCAGACACUCUGCUCCUGCUCAGACUCCGACAUGCAACAACAGCAGCACAUGAAUGGUGAAGGGCAGUUAUGUCCUACACACCUCAAAAAGAGCACAGACAGUCCAGUCAAAUGUAACUAUGUUUGUGGUAGUACUGCAAAGCUCAACCUGACCCCGAACAAUGUCAAAGGCACAUCCACCACAGCUGCUAUCAGUGAAUGCCACAUCAAGAGCACAUCAGUGGAGAAACAACAGACAAUGAAUGACCACCAGCAACCAGCAGGUCCUAACUCUUACUUGUCAAUCACAGUUGUAGAUCAGACUAGCCCAGCCAAUCAGGGCCCAGAGGCUGGAUUAAAGACUGGGCAGGUCCAGGACACAGAGAAGGAGAGCUGUCUUAAAGGGAAGUCUGAUGAGGAUGGUAGUUUGUUUACCUCCCAGCUGCCUGUCCCUGGAGUGAAGGACAACCCUCAGCUAGCAUACUGUGAGCUGGAAACCAAUGGGUUUAUCUUCUCUUCCAAUGACAGUGAUAACGUGUUGAGUGAUGUAGUUAUUCCAGAGAAAGACGGUGGCCCAGCAGAGGAGUGGGAUUUCUCUGGGAGAGCCAACGUGGCCCUCAGCCCCAUCCCUUCAUCUUGUCUCAGCGACAUCAAAGCUGCUGCCAUCAAUUCCCCGUCCAGGGUCCUCAAGUUCCUAAAGAUCCCUACAAUGGCAGAGAGGACCCAGGCAGGGGCCAGCCCUGUCCGUCUGAGCCCCCAGCUCACCCGCACGUCUAAGAUCCCCUGUCGCACUAACAACUAUGAGGUGUACCACUCCCCUGUCCCCUCACGCAGAGCCGCUACCACAGAAAGGGCCAGGCAGCCUCCUCCUCCACCCGCCAGGUCCGAGUCCUACCCAGCCACUACGCACUCAGCCUCAGCCCCCACCUCCCCGCCUCAGCCUGAGGACACCUGCUCCCCUCCAGCCAAGGAGCUUUGCUACAGGAGCCUCUUAGCCCCCAAGACCAACAAUGGUGUCCCCGAUCCACUGGCCCCUGGCACUUCUCACACACCCAGGGCCUCUUCGCAGAAGGUCCCGUACUAUGAGAACAUGUUGGAACUUUCCACCUCGGCUCAGGUAGAAGAAUCCAAGGUCCCAGAGAACGUAAACGUAUCAUCUUUCUCUCAUACCAUAACAGAUAGUGACAGGAAGCAAAUUAAUUCACUACUACAGAAAGACAAUGUCCUGUUUCUCCAGCAGCAGCAUUUGUCCCCUGCUUCGGACUCCUCAUCCUCUUCCUCGUCCUCCUCAUCUUCGUCCGAUCAGGAUGGCAACACAGAGAGCCCAGUCUGGCACGGCCACCACAGUCUGCCCAACCCCUCUGCCCUCAGAGCAGCUCAGUCUCAGAGCAGCCCAGCUCACUAUGCCAGCAUGAAAGACAGAGGAUCACAGGACCAGGAUACUAGAGAGGCUACAAUACAGAACUCUGAUCUCUCCCAGUCCCAGCCUCCAGUUCUCCCAGCCAAGAGACAUGAUCCCUCGUCCAUUCCCAAGAGGCCUUCUGGGGUAGCAGGGUCAGGGAGUCAGCCAGCCGAGUCUAGUCACACAUUCAAAUACAGGCUGGCUGCACUUGGCAAGCUGAGGAGCUCAGAGGACUUACAAAUCAAUGUGCUCCUGCCAGUAGACAAGCCAGAGCCUCAGAGUGAGGAGAAUAUAGUCUAUUUUAACGAUGACAGGAAUAAGACAGAGGAGAGCCCUGUGGAUGGUCAUUUAGAGGAGCAGAGACACUCGGAAUAUACAGACUCUCUGGACGGUAAGCUUAAAGGUAUUCCUGGUAGCGUUGCUUUCCCAGGUGGCUGUCAGUCCUAUGAUCCAGCAGCUAAGUCUCUCUUUGGCUCUUCAGUCGCCAAGACAGAGCUGGAGAUGCUCUCAUCCAGAGUGGGUGUGGCUAAGACGGACAGCCCCAAAGGUAAACUGGGCCUCCCGUCUCCAAACACUGACACUCCCAUUGUUUUACGCAACAACAUGAAAUGCCCGGCUUCUCUGAACCUGUCUUACCAUGGUAAACAACCUGCACCCAGCAUCCCUUACAGCAGCAGCAGCCCCAGCAAGGUCCCUCCUAAGUCCCCGUCUAAACCGUGCCAGGGCCUGGCUCCCUCAGCUGGAACUGGGAAGCCCACCCUGGAGGCCCCAGCCCUGGUCCCCCGGUACUCCUCCAAGUCAGAGGACAGGAGCAAACUCAAUGCAAACAAGAGAAACACCACAGUAUACAGUGACAGCCUUCCUCCCCCGCUCCCAAUGCCAGAACCGCAGCAGCCGGAAGAGGAGAAGAGACACCUUCUCCCUAUUGUCUCCAGCCCCACACUUGGCCCCACGUCAGCCAUUGAGGAGAAGGUGAUGAAGGGUAUCGAGGAGAACAUGCUGAAGCUGGCAGAACAGGACAGAGGACAGGUUACUGAGGUCAAACUGAAGGCCUCUAACGGGAUCGCCAGCUGGUUUGGCCUGAAGAAGAGCAAACUCCCAGCUCUCAGCCGCAAACCAGACAUACCACCUAAGGUCAAAGACGAGAAGAAAGGUGGAGAGUGGAGGCUGAAUAUCCCUUCCAAAAUGGCGGGGUCUAAGUCUAAAGGAGAGGGGGUGGGGGUGGAGAGCCUAAAUAUCUCGAUGCUGAUGGAGAAGGCGGAGGGUCUGAGGAGAGCUCUGGAGGAGGAGAGGGCCUACGUGAACGGGGUUGGGGGGGUCGGGAUGGACCGGUCUGGAAGGGGCCACUCCUGUGAGGUGGUGAUGGACCAAUCACAGGGCCAGCUGGCUGUGAUGUACAGGGGAGCGCGCUCAGACAACUUCAUGCAGCAGCUACUGAACAGGGUGGAUGGGAAGGACUUCAGUGGCAUCAGUGUGGCUCAGAGACGCCUCUCCUUUGACUGUAAAACCUCCAGACCGUUCAGCAGACACACCACCAGCGGGGAGGACAUGCAGAAGGGUUCAGAACAUAUGAUCAGCAACGUCCCCUCAGAUGACAAUUUAGCUGACCCAGUUCACUCUCAUCACUUCGCAGCUUCUGGUGCCUCCACCUACACCCUGGACAGUGGCAUUGGCACCUUCCCUCUGCCUAACUACUGUAGUGGUACGCCUGGGAGAAGCCUGUCUAAGGUGAGGGGGGCUGGAGCUGAGCAUGGCUCCUCUGGUUCUCCUGGCCGGGCAGGGAGGAGGGCUAGGACCCUGGACAGAGAGCCCUCAUCCAUGGAGCAGUGCUAUCAAUCUCACAGAGACAUGACUGCCCCGGUAAUGUACGGGUCUGUACUGGAGGGGAAAGGCAUGCCCAGGCAAACAGCUGGGGUCAUUCAUGAAGACACAGAAGCCUAUGGAGCUCACAUGCUGUCCCCCCGCUCCAAGACCUGGACCUUCCCCAACCUGAAGACCCCUGCAGGGCCCACUGAGAUGUACCUGGCUGUGGAAGAAGAGGUGGAGACGGCCCCCUAUGGAUCCCCUUUCAGAGGGAAGGCCUGUGGUACCUCUGGAUCUCGUAACAUAGACCCCAGCAGUCUGCCGGUGCCGGCCCAGACAGGGCUGAGCCGACGGGGGAAGAUCCGCAGUGCGCCCAGUGCCCCAGAGAUGGGCCUUGGCCGCGAGACAAGCCUGGAGCUGGUGAGGGAGAGGCCUGAGGAGGCCCUCUCUCCCAGCCGCCCGCAGGUCCUAGAGACCCCAGAGUCACUCAGUGACUCUCUCUACGACAGCCUCUCUUCCUGUGGCAGCCAGGGAUGACUUGCAGAUCUUACUAUGGUGCCAACUGACCCACCUUAGUGGAAUAUGGACUGUGCUAAGAUAUACCCAUUUCACACUAUCGUACCAACCUGAACCAAAUUGGGCUGGCUCCAAUUCCAAAAUGUUCUUUUCAGAAUGGUUCUAGCUACUAUGGCGGAUGCGUAACCAGGCCAGCCGGAUACAGCUUGGUCCGACCCAGCUUAGUUUGUCUCAGUAGUGUGAAAAGGGUACAAGUGAUGCUGACCAUCCUUAGAGGAAUAUGGACUGUGAUAAGAUGGUGUCCCCUUAAGACUUUCAUGUUUGCUUUCUCACCAGCUACUGUAUGUUUCAAGGUUAACUGGAAAGACAAACCUCUCCUCAGGAUAACUACAACCCAAAGGAUAGACUAUUCACAAUAACACUGUUUUAUGACAGGAGAGAAUUGGACAAACACACUGCUAAUCAAAAUAGCUAUUUAUAUAAUUGUAUGAUUAUGGAAAUAGUGUGCUGAGCGAUUAGGACUUUGAGGUCUUUUUGGUUCAAUUACUAAAAAACAAUACCAGUUUGAUUUCAAUUAUUUAUUUUGCUAAUUAAAUGCUGUACCACAGAAUAAAACAAAGUCCAAUGAUGGUAGUUACAUUUGAAAGUGACUGCCCAUUACUGCACCAUGUAUUCACAUUCAUUUAAUCAAAUAUUCCAGUUGUGUAUAUUACCUUAUUAUUCCAUUCCAAGUCAUCUCAUCUCUAUUGAGCUGCUGCCUAUGCUCUGACAAAAUCCCUAUUUUAGAAGUUCAAAAUAAAUAAGGCAUAUUUUUAUGACCGCUGAAUACCAACUAUCAAUCACUUAGAUAAUGCAUGUAGACACCUCAGGAAGCAAGUGCUCUCUAUCCCUAUCGCGCAUUCUUCUGUCUGCCUCACACUAACCUAAGGUAGCAUGCCUAAAAGAAGCAGACCGGCCAAGUAGCUGCGCAAUGUAUUAUGGUCAUUGUAGUUAAUUACCACGGUUUUCAGCGCGAAAUGAUGUACUUUCCAACAGUUCAAUAUUCUACAACUCCCUACUACAUUGCACAGUUCGGGCUUGAACCGAUUUAUCUCUAGAGAAACUGCGCAAUGUGGUCAUUGAGGUCAGAAAACAACUAAAUGGAAUUCAAAUAAUUGAACGGAUGUCAGUCCAUUUGAAAACAAAAAUAACUAACAUUUCAGUUAAUCGCAUAGUAAUAGGUAAUACACAUGAUGACAAUAUCGAACAUUCCCACACAAAAAAUAAUUUUAUGUUGAAAUUGAAUGUCUUGUUAAUUAAGUCUUACGCCAACCUUCACCUGAACAUGCAAGGACUCAUUACCAAUAAAUCAUUCUCUUUAUCAGCACACCCAAUGUACUGAAUCCUUCAUCUUGAGUUUCAUUUUUCACUAUUGAAUACAUUUAAUUUUAUGUCAAAUUGUUUGUUGAUGGGGUUAAGAUUUUCUCUAACUGCCAAGAAAGCGUUUAGUUUAGCCGACCAUUCUCUGAAGGUAAUAUGCCAGCAAUAAUAUUGUCCAAUUAAUUAUGUAUUUAUUUUUAUGUUAAAUCAACUGCAUAUUUGUAAUUGUCCAUUUUAUUUGUUAACUUGUAAAUGCAGUCACCUGGCUAAAAUAGAUUGUUUAACUUUGGAUGUCAUAAUCUUGAACAGCUAAGAUGUCAACAUUAUUUUAAUAAGGUUUUUGAUUAUUUCUUGUUCAUGUGUUCUCACUGAAGCACAAAUAAAAUUAUACCAUAUA